UUUCGUCAAUUGACACAAAACCCUCCCUAUAUAUGCAGCUUACGUGAUUUCAUCUCAAAUCCUCGCUCACAUCUUUUUCUCCAAGGGUUUUUGCUCUGCCGAUCUUCAUCUCUUCGUAAGAAAGUUAUCAGUUGAUCAUUAUGGGCAAGGAAAAGGUUCAUAUCAACAUUGUUGUCAUUGGCCAUGUCGAUUCUGGAAAGUCGACCACCACUGGUCAUCUCAUCUACAAGCUUGGUGGGAUUGAUAAGCGUGUGAUUGAAAGGUUUGAAAAGGAAGCUGCUGAGAUGAACAAACGUUCAUUCAAGUAUGCGUGGGUUCUUGACAAGCUUAAGGCAGAGCGUGAACGUGGUAUCACCAUUGAUAUUGCUCUGUGGAAGUUUGAAACCAACAAGUACUACUGCACUGUUAUUGAUGCUCCAGGACAUCGUGAUUUCAUCAAGAAUAUGAUUACUGGAACUUCUCAGGCUGACUGUGCUGUCCUUAUUAUUGAUUCAACCACUGGUGGCUUUGAAGCUGGUAUAUCCAAAGAUGGGCAGACUCGUGAACAUGCAUUGCUUGCUUUCACUCUUGGUGUCAAACAGAUGAUUUGCUGCUGUAACAAGAUGGAUGCCACAACUCCCAAGUAUUCUAAGGGUAGGUUUGAUGAAAUUGUUAAGGAGGUGGCUUCAUACCUGAAGAAGGUGGGUUACAACCCUGACAAGAUUGCUUUCAUACCUAUUUCCGGAUUUGAAGGCGACAACAUGAUUGAGAGGUCCACAAACCUUGACUGGUACAAGGGCCCAACUCUUCUUGAAGCCCUUGACCAGAUUAAUGAGCCCAAGAGGCCCUCUGAUAAGCCCCUCCGUCUCCCACUCCAAGACGUCUACAAGAUUGGAGGUAUUGGAACUGUCCCUGUUGGACGUGUUGAAACUGGUACGAUCAAACCCGGUUUGGUUGUGACUUUUGGCCCCUCUGGCCUGACUACUGAAGUCAAAUCAGUGGAAAUGCACCAUGAGGCUCUUCAAGAGGCCCUUCCAGGUGACAAUGUUGGUUUUAAUGUGAAGAAUGUGUCUGUCAAGGAUCUUAAGCGUGGUUAUGUUGCCUCAAAUUCAAAGGAUGAUCCUGCCAAGGAGGCUGCGAACUUCACUUCUCAGGUUAUUAUCAUGAACCACCCUGGACAGAUUGGCAAUGGAUAUGCACCAGUUCUUGAUUGUCACACUUCUCAUAUUGCUGUCAAGUUCUCCGAACUUUUGACCAAGAUUGAUAGGAGGUCUGGUAAAGAACUUGAGAAGGAGCCCAAGUUCUUAAAGAAUGGUGAUGCUGGCAUGGUUAAGAUGAUUCCCACCAAGCCUAUGGUGGUUGAAACUUUCGCUGAGUAUCCUCCGCUUGGCAGAUUCGCUGUUAGGGACAUGAGGCAGACUGUGGCUGUGGGAGUCAUCAAGAGUGUGGAGAAGAAAGAGCCCACAGGAGCGAAGGUCACAAAAGCUGCUGCCAAGAAGAAGUGAACCGUGCAGGAUGUCCCCUGUUUCCUAGGGGGCAGUUAUCAUAUUUCCAAUAAAGACUUAUUUUCUAUUUUCCGGAUAUUUAUUAAGUGUCAGUAUUGUGUGUCAGUCUGUUUCUGUUUAGGUCUAUGUGUUGUGGCUGUUCCGUCAACUGGAACCUGGUCUGAGCACUGGGUGCUUGAUAGGCGGUGGCAGGGUCAUUAUGCCUUCUGUUACUAGUAUGUUCUGUUUGUGUUGAAACUUGGUUUGAUGUUAUGAACACCUACCUGUGGACUAACAGGAUUUUAUA